UCCCAGAAGGCAGACUGUCCAAGGACAUGAGGACAGAAUGUCGCUGCAGUUGCUGCUGCUGUUGCCCAUGCUGUGGGGAGUGCCCACGGUUCACGGUCAGAUCUACUCGCUGAAACUACCAGAGUCCGUGACAGUGCAGGAGGGCCUGUGUGUCCUCGUGCCCUGCAAAUUUUCCUACUCUAGGACUACCUAUGGGCCCUUCCACAUGUUUUGGUUCCGGAAAGGGAUGUCUGGAAACCGUGAUCUUCUAUUGGCCACAAACAAACCAGAACGGAAGGUCCACGAGAGCACCCAGGGCCGGUUCUUCCUCCUUGGAGUUACCCAGGCCCACAACUGCUCCCUGAGCAUCAGAGAUGUCAACAGGGGGGACAAUGGGACUUACGUCUUUCAUGUGGAGAAAUCCUUCACAAAACACCCGUAUCUAACUAAGACACUCUCUCUGCAUGUAACAGCACUGACCCACAGGCCUGAAAUUCUUAUCUCGGUGCCCCUGAAGUCCAGCCACCCCAGCAACCUUACCUGCUCUGUGCCCUGGGCCUGUGAGCAGGGCACACUCCCCAUCUUCUCCUGGACAUCAACUGCCCUCAAUUUUCUGGGCCCCAGAACGCUCCUUUCCUCGGUGCUCACCCUCACCCCACAGUCCCAGGACCACGGCACCAGCCUCACCUGUCAAGUGAAGUUCCCUGCAAGUGGUGUGACUGUGGAAAGGACCAUCCAGCUCAACAUCACCUAUGCUCCACAGAACAUGGCCAUCAGCAUCUCCCAAGGAAACAGCACAGCCCUCAUGAUCCUGCAAAAUGCCUCGAAUCUUCCCAUCCUGGAGGGCCAGGCUGUGCGGCUGCUCUGUGUUGCUGACAGCAACCCCCCUGCAGAGCUGAGCUGGUUCCAGGGGUCCCCAGCCCUGAACACCACCCCCAUCUCCACCAGCGCCGUCCUGGAGCUGCCUCACACGGGGACUACAGGAGGAGACUUCACCUGCCUGGCUCGGCACCCACUGGGCUCCCAAACUGUCUCUGUGAGCCUCUCUGUGCUCUGUAAACCAGAACCCAGGGCCAGGGUGUUCCUGGGAGCGGUCGGGGGAGCUGGCAUCAUGGCCCUGCUUUCUCUCUGCCUUUUUCUCAUCUUCAGAGUGAAGACCUGCAGGAAGAAGGCAGCCCAGCCAGUGCAGAGCACCAUGAACGUGAACUCAGUCGAGGGCUCAGGCUCCAGGGCACAUCAGCACCAGUACUGGACAGACGCCCCCUCAGACCACCCAGCCACUGCUGGGGCGAGCCCCAUCUCAAGAAAGGAACAGGAGCUCAACUAUGCGUUCCUCAGAUUUCACAAGCCUCAGGAACAAAAAGACAGCAACAACGAGUAUGAAGAGGUCCAGCCACACAAGUGAGGAAUUAUUUUCUCACAGUUCUGGAGGCUGGAAGUCUGAGAUCCACAAGUCAGCAGGGCUGGUUCCUUCCGAGGCCUUUCUCCUGGGCUUGCAGACAGCAGUCUCCUCCCUGUGUUCUCACAUGGUCUUUCCUCUUCUUACAAAGAUUUCCUCUUCUUAUAAUGAUACCAGAUGUAUUGGAUUAGGGCCCACUGUAACGACCUGAUUAUCACUGAAUUACUUCUUUAAAGACUCUAUCUCCAAAUACAGUCAUAUUCUGAUGUACUGGGGGUUAGGUUCAACCUAUUAAUUUUAUGAUUUUUCAGUUCAUAACACUCAGCCUCUGAUUAUGUUAAAAUUGAUGGCCUUCUCGUCAAUGGUAUGAAUCCCCUAGUAUACGUGGAAGACCACAGGACUUGUGUCCAAGAGAACUGAGUUCAAAUCCAUCUAUGCCACUAAUUGACUGAGUCCCUUUAAUCUCUCUGUGUUCACUUUACUGUUCUGCAAAGGAGAGUAAUCAACCCUCUAAUCAGAUUAUCGUGAGAGAGGCAUGGAAACGUACAUAACAAACAGGUAACAACAGUCCUGACGUGAAGCUCUUUGUGAACUCUGAACACAGGUAUCUGGCAUGACUUUGGCUGUUUUACUAGAAAGUUUCUGCUCACAAUUUCUCCUAGGGCUUGGAGAGGCCAGUCCAAGAGGCCAUAGAACUUUCUUCCCUAGGAUUAGAGAUGAGGCAAGGAUGGCUGCUCUUACCACUUCUAUUCAACAAUAUAUUGUAGUUUCUUCCCAGGGCAAUGAGUGCAAGAAAUGGAAAUAAGAGCCCCCCCUUCAUAAAGUAAGAAGUAAAGUAGUCUUUAUUCACAGACAAUAAAAGAGUUUAGCAAAGUGUUAAGAUACUAGUUCAAAUGACAAAAUUCCUUUUCAGUGCUAUGUAUUGGCUCAGGGCAAUUAGAAAGUCAACAGUUUGUUUAAAGAUGAAACCUACAGUAACA